UCUCUCCGGGGCUCUGGGAAGAGCAUCCUGCUUCUCGCUCGGGCUGCUCCGUGCAUGGCUCUGCCGGGGGCGGCGCCACACAUCUGGGGGUGGCUGCUGCUAGGCGGCUGCCUCCUCGCUGGAGCCCAGCUGGAUUCCGACGGCACCGUGACCAUGGAGGAGCAGAUCGUCCUCGUGCUGAGAGCCAAAGUGCAGUGUGAACGCAACAUCACGGCUCAGCGCCAGGAAGGAGAGGGAAAUUGUUUUCCAGAAUGGGAUGGACUCAUUUGUUGGCCCAGAGGAAAAGUGGGGAAAAUAUCAGCUGUCCCAUGUCCUUCUUAUAUUUAUGACUUCAAUCAUAAAGGCAUUGCUUUCCGACACUGUAACCCCAAUGGAACAUGGGAUUUUAUGCACAGUUUAAAUAAAACCUGGGCUAAUUAUUCAGACUGCCUUCGCUUUCUUCAGCCAGACAUCGGCAUAGGAAAGCAGGAACUCUUUGAGCGCCUCUACGUCCUGUACACUGUUGGAUAUUCCAUUUCCUUCGGUUCACUGGCUGUGGCUAUUCUCAUCAUUGGCUACUUCAGACGAUUGCAUUGCACCAGGAACUAUAUCCACCUGCACUUAUUUGUGUCUUUCAUGCUGAGAGCUGCAAGCAUCUUUGUCAAGGACAGAGUGGUCCAUGCUCACAUAGGGGUGGAGGAGCUGCAGUCCCUGAUGAUGCAGGACGACCUACAGAAUUUCAUAGAUGCGCCUUCUAUGGACAAAUCACAAUAUAUUGGGUGCAAGAUUGCUGUUGUGAUGUUUAUUUACUUCUUGGCUACAAACUACUAUUGGAUCUUGGUGGAAGGUCUCUACCUGCAUAGUCUAAUCUUUGUGGCUUUCUUUUCCGACACCAAAUACCUGUGGGGCUUCACCUUGAUAGGCUGGGGGUUCCCAGCCGUGUUUGUUGCAGCCUGGGCCGUGGCACGGGCAAUGCUGGCUGAUGCAAGAUGCUGGGAACUUAGUGCUGGAGACAUCAAGUGGAUUUAUCAAGCCCCAAUCUUAGCAGCUAUUGGGCUGAAUUUUAUUCUGUUUCUGAAUACGGUUAGAGUUCUAGCCACCAAAAUUUGGGAGACCAAUGCAGUUGGGCACGACAUCAGAAAGCAGUACAGGAAACUGGCCAAAUCCACACUGGUCCUGGUGCUGGUCUUCGGAGUGCAUUACAUCGUGUUUGUGUGCCUGCCCCACUCCUUCUCAGGGCUCGGGUGGGAGAUUCGGAUGCACUGUGAGCUCUUCUUCAAUUCCUUUCAGGGUUUCUUCGUGUCCAUCGUCUACUGCUACUGCAACGGGGAGGUUCAGGCUGAGGUGAAGAAGAUGUGGAGCCGGUGGAAUCUCUCUGUCGACUGGAAACGGACGCCCCCAUGUGGCGGCCACAGAUACGGCUCCGUGCUCACCACCAUGACGCACAGCAUCAGCAGCCAGUCGCAGAUGGCCACCAGCACUCGAAUGGUGCUCAUCUCCAGCAAAGCGACCAAGAUGGCCAGCCAACAACCUGAAAGCCAUGUGACCUUACCUGGCUAUGUCUGGAGUAACUCUGAGCAGGACUGCCUGCCACACUUGAUCCAGGAGGAGACCAAGGAAGGUAACGUGUGGCAGGGAGAUGAAACUCUAAUGGAGGUGUCUUCCAGACCAUUGGAAUGUACCCCAGGCCCUGAAGGAAGCAAAGGAGAAGGAGAGGAUGUUCUCUGAUUCAACAUCUGUGGCUCAGAAGAACUGGCCCAUCUGACUGUCCUAGAGCUGAUGGUCCAAGGGAUUGGCUCUCAUUCAUCUGCUUGAGCCCCAGAGCUGAAAAUUCAGGGGUGAAGCGGCACUUUACAAACACUUCAGGCUCCAUGAAUUGGCUCCUUAGAAAUAGUAAAGAUACAAAAGGAGAGGUGUCAGUGGCGGACUUUGUUACCUUAUUUUGGCAUCAGAUUCCCCUCUAAAUCAAUGUGUGAUACUUGCUCUGUGUUUAUUUUUCUUCUACUUUUGGGUAGAACACGUUUUAAUUGCUUGGCUUAAAUUUCUCUUAUAUAUACACCACUCUGAGUAUGAUAGAGAUCAUUUGGUAUGUGUCAGUUUCCUUCUAGGACAUUAGUAUUCUCUUUCCUUCUUUCCGGCUUGAACAUACUCCUAUCCUGGCACUCACUCUGCCUGUGUGUAAGAGCGAUCAGGGUCUGAAAAUGAGCGAUCAGAGACUGAGGAUGAAGAACAAGUGCACACAGGAAAGUGAGCGAGCUGGACUUGGGAGGAUAAUGCGCCGAUGAUGGCUAAACUUGUUUCUUUCCAGGAACAAGGAAAAAUUACUUUAAAAAGAAUAUUGCACGUAUUUGUCCUUCUGAAUGUCCCCCUCUGUGACCAGCCAUGCCUCAGGUCUUCAUUCCUUUGUACACCUUGACCUGUCAUAAAGUUUUUCUGUCAGUGAGCUGGUGUCUGCAGACUAAUCCUAUCUGUAAUCAUUUCUA